AUGAAUACCCAUCACAAAAAAGAACUCUUGGAGUCCAGGGAGGAGGGGGACAAGAGACCCCCAGGUAAUAAGCUACAACUCCUCCCUUUAGAUAUGGAGGUGGAGACACUGACUAGAUUACCCGUGAAGUCUCUUAUGAAGUUCCUAUGCGUGUCCAAGAUUUGGUCUUCCCUUAUCCGAAGCCAAAGAUUCGCCGCGUCUUACUACGCUAGGUCCUAUGAGACGCGUUCAAGGUUUAGGGUAUUCGUCCAUGGUGGUGCCCAGCGUCUCCUCAUCUUCUCGGGAGAGGAGGAAACUUUCUCUUCUUCUUUGGAUGCCAAUCUAGACAUGACAGUACCCUCAGUGACCUUGGCUCACGGCGGCUUCAGGUGUACUUCCGUCCACGGCUUUUUCGGCUGUUGUCAUGGUUCAAAUUUCACUAUAUGUAACCCUAGCACGGGGCAAGUCAUUACCUUUCCCUGCAAGGGACCGUACACAUCCUUGGGAUACGAUCCUGUUGAUGAUCAAUUCAAAGCCUUGACCCUGGUGCCAUCUCUUUAUAGUAACCCUAGUUUCAUAGAGCACGAGGUUAUAACUCUUGGAGGACGAGGAGGAAGAGGAGUAGUAUCUCGUAGUAACGUUACCUCUCCAACUUAUUGCCCUAUGACGAAGGGACUAAGCAUCAACGGUUUCUUGUAUUAUGGUGCUUGGGCGCCAAGUCACAGGACGACUCCUGUGUUUGUGUGUUUUGAUGUUAGAUAUGAGAGGAUACUAAGUUUUAUCACAACGCCUAAGGAUGUCCUGGUUUGUGAGGCUUUUUCAAUAUUGAUAGAAUACAAAGGGAAGCUAGCUGUCAUUGUACCAAACCCUUUUGGUGAUCCUUGUUUCGACCGUUUUGAUCUAUGGAUACUGGAGGAUGUGACGAAACAUGAGUGGUCCAAACAAACAUUUGAGCUUCCCUUGUCUCUUCCCUUCACUGCUGGAAUGGGUAAGAGAAUGAUCUCCCAGGGAACCAACAAGGCUGGUGAAAUCAUUUUCUCCCCAACAACUCUGCCAGACCGGGCCCAGCCCUUCUAUGUUUUCUACUACAACACAGAGAGGAAAGGCAUGAGAAGAGUCAGGAUCCACGGAGCCGCGGAUACUGAAGAGUUCUGGAGCCGUUAUGGAUUCACAGGCAUUUGUUGCGCCUCUUUCUCGCCUCAACACGUUGAUAGUAUUGCUUUUUUAUAA